AUGUCUGCCAAACUCACUGUUGGGGCAGGAGGCCGAGCAGGUUUUCCCCCGAGUCCUCCCUUCAAAAGGCCUGAGGCUACCGACUUCGAUAAGGUCGCGGCCCUGGCAAAGUUCAGUACUGUUUGCACCAUGAAUAGCAAGGUAUUCAAAGCUCAUACGUUAUCUCUGCAGGCCGAGGAACUCAAGGCUCUCGGCGCCCAGCUGAUCAAGGCCGGUCUCGCCUUAAUAAACACUGCUGACGAGCCAGCUGCCAGACCUCGUCGUCACCGCCAUGGCCGAGGACGUGAAGGGCGUGGAGGGGGAAAGAAGGCGCAAAAUCCAGAUGCUGCUGGGUUGAACUCGGCUCCUGUGGCAAACGAUGUCGCCCAGGCAGUCAUCCUUGCACACCCAGCAAGCCCAACAACCCAAGGUACCACAGGCGCCACUAACGACAAGGAAGGAAUUGUAGACAAUCCCGGGAAGCGCACCCGUCACCGAGGGGGUCGCCGCCGCCGGCGCAGGCAGGCUGAUGCUGGCGCUGGUGGAGGCGAGGAGACCACCAGCAGCUUUCCCCAGGCAUCGCCUAUGCAUCGUGAGGGUCGGGCCACUUCCCCACCUAUGGAGAUCAGCCUUCCUGAGGUUAUUGCAGCCCUGGCAACCUCUUUGUCCCAGGUUAUGAACGCCCGCCUCCCUUUUGAGUCGCAAGAAGACUGGCUCAUCGAGUUCAGCGACUCUGAGUAG